ACAUUGUCGCCCGUUUCAAGUCAUACUUAUUUGGGCUUGUGGGCAAGCCGUUGAGCAGUAGAAACUUGCACUUGCACUGAGACCGUUUGUCAAAGCCCUCAACCGGGCCCUGUGUAACUCGACUGAAUUUAGCGGUUAAUACCUCUGAUACUACCCAUAAUUGCAACAUGGCGGCUGGCGGCGAGCUACGCGAGAAGAAGGUUUGCGUCGUUGGCUCAGGAAUUUCUGGCCUCUCCGCCGCAUGGCUGCUUCACAGGAAUGGUGCGCGCGUCACCCUGCUUGAGAGCGAGGCCACAUGCGGCGGCCACACGCUGACCGACCACACCUCGCCCUACCCGGUGGACCUGGGCUUCCAGGUCUGCAACCUCACCACAUACCCUCACUUCAUGGGCUUCCUGGAGUGCCUGGGUGUGGACACGCAGCCGUCCGACAUGAGCUUCGCGCUGUCGCUGGACGGCGGCAAGCUGGAGUGGGGCAGCGACAACCUGGACACCAUCUUUGCGCAGCGUUCCAACCUGGCCAGCCCGUCCUUCAUGGGCAUGCUCCGGGACGUGGUGCGCUUCGGCAAGGAGGCGCCCAAGGUCCUGGAGCCCGCCAACGCGCACAUCUACCGGGACAUGACGCUAGCCGAGUACCUGAAGGCCAACCGCUACAGCGCCGCCUUCACCAACGCAUACGUAGUGCCCAUGUGCGCCGCGGUGUGGAGUGUGCCCAACGCACAGGUCCUGGCGUUCCCUGUGGUGAUGCUGAUUCGCUUCUGGGUGAACCACCACCUGUUGGACAUCUUCCAGCGCCCGCUGUGGCGCGUGGUGCGCGGGCGCAGCAAGGUGUACGUGGACCGCGUGUGCUCAGAGCUGCCGGACGUGCGCACGUCCACGCCCGUCACCCGGGUGUUGCGCGGCCGCGCCGCCGGCGAGCCCGUGACGGUGUACACGGCCACCGGCCCCGCCGCGGCUGGCGAGCAGUUCGACGCGGUGGUGUUCGCCACGCACAGCGACAUCACGCUGCGGCUGCUGGGCGAGGACGCGGACGCGCCGGAGAGGGAGGUGCUAGGCGCCGUGCCCUACAACGACAACGACGUGUGGCUGCACACCGACCCUUCCCAGAUGCCCGUGAACCGCAAGACCUGGUCAUCCUGGAACUUCCUGGGCACCAGCAGCCCGCAGGCCGACACCUCGGCCGUGUGCGUGUCCUACUGGGUCAACAGGCUGCAGGAGCUGCCGCCCGGCGCGCCCAACCUGUUUGUGACGCUCAACCCCAUCACCCCGCCCGCGCCCGACACAGUCAUCCGCCGCCUGAAGCUGGCGCACCCCGUGUUCAGUGCCGCCUCUGUGGCCGCUCAGGCUCAGCUGCCGCAGCUGCAGGGCCACCGCGGCACCUACUACGCGGGCGCCUGGGCGGGCUACGGCUUCCACGAGGACGGCAUCCGCUCCGCAGUGGCGGUGGUGGAGGCCAUGGGCGGCAGCCUGCCCUGGGUGCCCAGGGCCACCAGCCCCAAGGUGUCGGCCAUGCAGGGCCUGUACAUGAGCCUGUUCGACAAGUACGCCCGCUCCGUGUUCAACCAGGGCCGCUUGCGCCUCAUCCUGCCCACCGGCCAGGAGCUCAACUACGGCUCCGAGGACACCAUCGCCGCGCCCGUGCCCAAGGGCGAGGAGUGGCGCGGGCGGCCCGACCUCAAGUGCACGGUGCGCGUGUACAACAUGGACUUCUUCCGCAAGAUCGUGCUGCGCCACGACGUGGGCAUGGGCGAGGCCUACAUGGACGGCGACUACGAGGUGCUGGGCGGCUUCGAGGGGCUGGGCGGCUUCAUGGCGGUGGUGACCGCCAAUGCCGUGCGCGCCGAGCAGGAGCGCGGCCACCUGGGCCUCAUCAACUGGGUCGGCGAGCGGCUGCUGUACCUGUCGCACCUGCAGCGCCCCAACACCAUCCAGGGCAGCCGCAAGAACAUCGAGGAGCACUACGAUGCCGGCAACGCCAUGUACAAGCUGUUCCUGGACGAGACCCUCACCUACUCCUCCGGCGUGUACAAGGGCCCCGGCGACACGCUGUACCAGAGCCAGCUGAACAAGAUCGACACGCUGAUCGCCAAGGCGCGCAUCGGGCCCAGCGACCACGUGCUGGAGAUCGGCUGCGGCUGGGGCGGCUUCGCCAUCCGCGCGGUGCAGACCACCGGCUGCCGCUGGACCGGCAUCACCAUCAGCAAGGAGCAGCUGGCGGAGGCCACCGAGCGCGUGGCGGCGGCGGGGCUGCAGGACCGCAUCACGCUGCUGUUCUGCGACUACCGCGACACGCCCACCACCCUGGGCGCCGCCAGCUUCGACGCGGUGGUGAGCGUUGAGAUGAUCGAGGCGGUGGGGCACGAGCACCUGCGCCCUUACUUCAACGUCAUCGGCACCAUGCUCAAGCCCGGCGGCCGCGCGGUGCUGCAAGCCAUCAGCUGCGCCGAUGAGAGGUACGAGGCGUACUGCCACACGUCGGAUUUCAUCCGCGAGCACAUCUUCCCCGGCGGCCACCUGCCCAGCCUGGGCGCCAUCGCCGACUGCUGCCGCGGCACCGGCCUGGCGGUGCGCGACACGCACGACAUCGGCCCCGACUACGCCAUCACGCUGCGCUCCUGGCGCCAGACGUGGGAGGAGCGCAAGGCCGACAUCCUGGCGCUGGGCUACAGCGAGCGCUUCUGGCGCAAGUACAAGUUCUACUUUGUGUUCUGCGAGGCUGCCUUUGACGCGCGCUACAUCCACAACUAUCACAUCCUGCUGGUCAAGGACGGCGGCGCGCUGAUCAACGGCCACACCGCCAAUGGCCACACCGCCGCCUCCUUCACCUCCGCCACCACCACCACCACCACCUCCGACGGUGCCUCCGGCCCGCUGGCGGCCUCGCUACUGCCCACCUCUGCCCAGGCGCUGGUGCAGGAGUUGCCCUCAGACCCGGUGACGCAGCUGCUCAUGGCACUCUACUUCUUCCUGGCUGGGCUCCUGGUGGGGCGCGGGCCGCACAUGUGGCUGCUGCCCGCCGCCUCCUUUGCAAUGGCGCUGGUGGCGGCCGCCGCGCACGUGGCGUCGCAGGCGCUGGUGCCCUCCUACCGCUUCCUGACGCCGGAGCGGCGCGCGCUGUGGUGCAGCGACAUCGCGCACCUGGGGUACAGCGCCUGCGUGUCCGCCGCCUCGCUGGCCUACGCCUUCCACGAGCCGCGCGCGCUGCAGCUGACCAACCAGCCCGCCGACAUCACCCUGCCCUCCAUCAUCACCGCCGUGUCCGCCGGCGUGUUCGCGUUCAACCUGUGGAUGUGCGUGCGCGCCCGGCUGUUUGAGCGCACGGCUCUGGCCAUCAUGCAGUACACGCUGCUGCUGGUGCUGUUCGGCACCGCCACCUACAAGGGCGUGGGCGUGCCCUUCCUGGCCGCCACGCUGGCCUCGGAGGUCUUCACCGUGGCCUUCCUGUCCGGCAAGCUCCAGGAGAUGGCGGGCAUGGGCCGCACCUCCCUGCGCCGCACCACCCGCCUCGUGGAGCGCGUGACGCUGGUGCUGUGCCGCGUGCUGCCGCACGGCGUCAUGGCGGCGGCGGUGGUGACGCAGCCCGCCGCCUUCGGCCACACGCUCUAUUACGCCAUGUGUGUGGCCGGCAUGGGGUUCCAGACUUUCAUCAACUGCCACAAGGCGGUGCUGCUGUUCCGCAGCAACCCGGCGAUGGAGGCCGGCGCGGCGGCGGCACCGGCAGCUGGCACGAGCGGCGGCGCGGUGGCCGCCGGCGGCAAGACGCGCACUGACUAAGUGCGCGGCGGUGCGAACGCGCGGGGCAGCCUGCGCGCGUGCGAGCGUGCUGACUGGUGAGACUACGUUAGGCAGCAAUUGAGAGCAGAAGAAACGUUUUUGUGAGUGUGUCGUGUGAGCAGAGAGGCGAGCGAUGAUGGCUGCAUCUCGAGUAAUCGCCUGAUCCUUGUUUAUGAUAUAACUGCAUGACCUAUGGGGCUGGUCCUUUUACCGCCUCCACAUUGGGAUGGCGAUGCAUGACCUGUACUGCUCCCCGUUUGAGCCCGUGCAAACCCAUGCUUGUACGUCGCAGCGGGAACACGCCCCCGGCGUCGAACCUACUCAUUGAGGUAUCCAAAACAUUGCUGGUAGGGGAUGUGCCGCUGACUGCUGUGAGUAAACCCCUUCAUGAUGCGAUUGCGGGCAGCGGUGUGUGAACAGAAAUGCUAGCUGUCCAGUGAUAGCGCCGUGUGCCUUGGCAACAAGCCAUUCUGCGAACCCGAGCUUCCGGGUGUGUGUGCCUGAGCCACCCGGCCGGCGUACUUCUGGAAGAGGUUGGGCUACGCAAUCAAGAGACGCUUGCGCAUCACGCUUGCGCUGAAGAAUCUGUGCAUGACUGAUGCUUAUGGUUACACACGGGCCGCCUAUUGUGGCCGGGGGCUUCCUGGCCCCUUUGUGGAACUGAUGAGCGAUAGAUGGUACGUAGCGGCCAUGUGCAAGGGUCGUGCGCACUGUAAUUCAAAGGGCCUGACAAACCUCAAACGGCAGGUGCACCAAGCCUUGCACCGGUCCCGCCAUGGACAACGCACGCAACUCCUGGCCCGCUCGUACGGUAGCUGUGA